AAUAACGCAGACUUACAAACAACAACGACCGCCGGCAAUGUGAGAGCGUACAACUUUCCACCGGAUGACUUCCAUCAACUAAUCGAUUUGCACGACUUCGCGUACCUUAUAAGUCAGGAUGGCUGUAGUAGGGAUAUACAAGGACUGAUACUGGUGCAUUCAGCGCCGGCGAAUGAGGAAAAGCGCCGCCUUAUACGUGACACCUGGGCCAAUAUGGAUUUACUUCCGCGCGUUAAUGGCGUUAUACCAUUGCGAAUUAUCUUUUUACUCGGCAUGGUCGAGACCGAGGCACAACAGUUGGAUAUUGAGCGGGAGAAUUUCGAAAAUGGUGAUUUAAUACAGGGCGCCUUUGUGGAUAGUUAUCGCAAUAUGACCUAUAAGCAUAUAAUGGCAUUCAAAUGGUUUCUGUAUAAUUGUGCGCAUGCGCAAAUAUUAAUUAAGGUCGAUGAUGAUGUCUAUGUGAAUACGCCACAAUUGCUCAUCUACCUAGAGCGUACACUACAGAGUGAUGCGUUGGAGAGUCGGGUAGGAAUGCUACCCACUGCUGCAGCAUCUAUGCAACAUACCGCCGAUACCGUUAGCAACGCUGUUGGAAAUACCAGCAUGGAAAGUAGUGGUAGUAGUAGUAGAAGUAGUACUAGUAGCAGUAAAAGUAGUAGUAGAGGUACUGUAAGAAAUGCCUCCGUCACGCUUCAUGUCAAUCCCCAGUUAUCGACUUUGCGCACUAAUGCCACCCAAUUUAAUGCCGCUCAAAUGUUAUUCCGUCAUCCGCAAGAUUUGCUUUUCUGCAAAACGACUAUUAAUGCUCAAGUCAAACGUAGCUAUCGCUCAAAAUGGCGUGUCAAUGUGCGGGAAUAUGCCGGUCGCUACUAUCCGCCAUACUGUCCAGGUUUUGCUAUAAUAUACUCGCCAGAUGUGGCAUUGGCUUUGUACAAUGCCGCGCAAGUAUCGACAUACUUUUGGAUAGAUGACGUCCAUAUAACGGGAAUUUUGGCGCAAAAUAUCAGUGCGCCCAUAACAAAUGCCUACGAAUAUAUACUCUAUGAAGAUGAUUGUGACAAUUUGCUCAAUGAUGUGACGACAAGUGAUAGUGUGGAAUUCAUCUAUGCUUGGCAUCUCAUCAAUCCUGAACAAAUGCAAAAGCUUUGGGAGCUGUAUUUGGCAAAGGCGAAGAGGCAUUUCUCAUCUUUUGCACAUCAACAAUAUACUCGUACAUCAACAUUGUCACAGUUGCAUAAAGCCGCCGCCGCCGCCAAAAACACACCAAACAAUCCGACUGAAUUCAAUAGAUUUAAGAGCUACAGAUAGUAACUUAGUAAGUCUUAGUGAGAUUGGUGGAGUUCCAGAUGUUCAUGACACAACACAGUAUCAUAGGAAAUACAUAUUUUAGCGCACAUACAUACAUACACCUAAGCAAAAAUGCAUACAAAUGUACAUACACAUAAACACAAAAUAGUAACAGGGAUGGAAAUCACGCCGAAAAACAGUUCUGGAACCUUCCAUAAAUCGCAUCAUAAAGGAUUCGAACGUAAAAAAAAUCUCAAAAAUUUAAAUAAAUAUUAAAUUUAUGUACAUACAUAUAUGCAGUUGAAAAGGACACUGAACGCCUUAAAAACUUGGAGUGGAGUUUUACUUUUAGUGAACUACAAAAUGUUUAUUGUGAUGCAAACAUUUUCGUCCACGGUUACGCAACGGUGGUAGCGGAGUAGCAGCUCUUAGCAGAAUUUAUGCUUUAAUGAUGAAACUCGCAUUUUUCCAUUUACGUAAAAAUUUAAGGGGUUGUCUGUUUUCAAUGGCUAUCAAACAAAACAUCAAAAAGCCACAGACUUACGAAACUUCCUUUGCAUAUACUAUUUUAAAUAAUGACAGAUCUUCAGCAAGAAAAUUAAAAUUAAAAAAUUCUCAGCAAAAAUAAAAUAACAAU